GUGGCAACCGUUGCACCUUUAUACAGUGCAGCUUGAGUGACGUGUUUUUCUAACGACGCUGUUUUCUUUGAGGAACAGAAAUCCUCUCAUUACCGAAGAGCCGCUGCAGUUGUAAAAUGGAAAAUUCGGAUCUAGCGCUUCAUUCGGAUAACGCGGAAGACGUGGCCACGUCCUCUAGUUUCCGUCAGUUUCAGCUCCGACACUUUCAUCUGGAGCUGGACGUGGAUUUUGACAAGAAGAACGUCUCCGGGAGAGAGCGGCUGGAUUUGAAAUGCAUGCGGGACUCCCCAGAGGAGCUGGUGCUGGACAUACACCCCACUCUGGUAGUGGAGGCGGUGUCCUAUUCGCCGGGUAAAGCCGGUAACGCAGACUCGAUCAAAAUCGAGCAUGAAACGCGGAGCUUUACAAGCUACGGGACUUCGCUGGUUUUGAAAUUCCCUGUUCAAUGGAAACCAGGAGACGAGUUCCGCGUUGACAUUGAGUACACUGCAACUGACGGGCCGGGGGUGUGCUGGCUGGAUCCAGAGCAGACCGCGGGGAAGAACAAACCCUUUAUGUUCACCCAGGGUCAGGCGGUCCUGAACCGAUCCUUCUUCCCGUGCUUUGAUACCCCCGCUGUGAAAAGCACUUACACGGCCACGGUGAAGGUGCCGGAGGGGUUUACAGCGGUGAUGAGCGCGACCUCCCGGGAGCACAGGCAGGCAGACCGCACCUUCCUCUUCAGCAUGGUGCAGCCGGUCCCCUCCUAUCUGGUGGCCCUCGCGGUCGGGGACCUCGUCUCUGCGGACGUGGGGCCCAGGACACGCGUGUGGACUGAGCCCUGCCUCCUCCAGGCUGCUCAGCAGGAGUACGACGGGGUGAUCGAGGAGUUCCUCGCCGUCGCAGAGAAGCUGUUUGGACCCUACGUGUGGGGCAGGUACGACGUGCUGUUCAUGCCCCCCUCCUUCCCGUUCGGGGGCAUGGAGAACCCCUGCCUCACCUUCGUCACCCCCUGCCUGCUGGCCGGGGAUCGCUCCCUGGCUGACGUCAUCGUGCACGAGAUCUGCCACAGCUGGUUCGGCAACCUGGUCACCAACGCCAACUGGGGGGACUUCUGGCUGAACGAGGGCUUCACCAUGUACGCACAGCGGAGAGUCUGCACCCAGAUCUACGGCGCUGCCUACGCCAGUCUGGAAGCCGCUACGGGCCGAUCUCUCCUCCGGCAGCACAUGGACACCACCGGAGAGGAGCACCCUCUCAACAAGCUGCGUGUGCAGAUCAAGCCAGGCGUGGACCCCGAUGAUACGUACAACGAGACCCCCUAUGAGAAGGGGUUCUGCUUCGUGUCCUACCUGGCUCACCUGUGCGGGGAGCAGAGCCGAUUCGACGCCUUCUUGAGGGGCUACGUGGACAAGUUCAAGUUCCGCAGCAUUCUGGCUGAAGACGCUCUGGAGUUCUACCUGGAAUAUUUCCCUGAUCUGAAGGAGAAAGGGGUUCACGAAAUCGCAGGGCUGCAGUUUGAGAGCUGGUUGAACACUCCGGGCUGGCCCCCCUACCUGCCUGACCUCUCCCCAGGGAUGACCCUCAUGAAGCCCGCUGAGCAGCUGGCACAGUUGUGGGCUACAGAGACCCUGGACCUCCCUGCCAUCAAGGCUGUGGACACCAGCUCCUGGAAGACCUACCAGACUGUCUACUUCCUGGACAAAAUCCUGGAGAACUCUCCCUUGCCCACAGGGAACGUGCAGCAGCUCGAGGAGCUGUACCCCAACGUGUCGAAGGCGAGGAACGCGGAGCUGCGUCUGCGCUGGGCUCAGAUAGUCCUGAAGAAUCACCACGAGCCGCAGUUCCACCAAGUCAGGAGCUUCCUGCACUCCCAGGGAAAGCAGAAGUACACCCUCCCCCUCUACAGAGCCAUGUGGAGCGGGACAGAGCAAACCAAAGCCAUGGCGAUGGAGAUAUUCUCCUCUACAGCCAAGCAGCUGCACUCCAACGUUCGCAGCUAUGUGAAGAGAAUCCUGUCCUGAGCCCUGCCUCCUCCAGCCCUCCGGAGAGAGAGAGAGUCCUUUCACUUUUUAUAUUCCAUCCUCAACGGGCAUCGCUUUUCUAUAAUAAAACAUUCAGUCGAGUUUA